CUCCUUCCUUCCGGUCCUCUGACAGCUGCUCUCUGAGUGAGAACGGAAGACAUUUUGAAGCUGCUGCGGUCGUUAGGUCCAUUAUAUCGAGUGUCAGUCAGCCUGAAGUCGGGGCUGACGUUGCUAGAGAGUCUUAAAGAAGUCCGUUAAAAAAGUCUGUUGAAAACAACAACCAAGACGAGCUUUAACAGAAACAGUUGUAGUUUUAACUGGUGUGUGUGUAGCAUAGCUAGCUUAGCCAGCCUACAAAAGCUAGCAAAGUUGCUAAUUAGAUGCUAGCUAGUUAGCGCCACCUAGCUGGCCUCCUUCCUCCUUUCCUUCCUCCUUAACCUCGACAAACGGUCACUUUUACACACACAAUGGCUUUAAAACGAAUCACCAAGGAGCUGACCGAUCUGUCCAGAGAUCCUCCGGCUCAGUGCUCCGCUGGACCCGUCGGUGAAGACAUGUUUCAUUGGCAAGCUACUAUUAUGGGGCCUCCGGACAGUCCCUAUCAGGGCGGAGUAUUUUUCCUGACUAUUCAUUUCCCCACAGAUUAUCCCUUCAAACCACCCAAGGUCGCCUUCACAACAAGAAUUUAUCACCCAAAUAUUAACAGUAACGGCAGCAUCUGCUUGGAUAUAUUGAGAUCACAGUGGUCUCCUGCAUUAACUAUCUCUAAAGUCCUUUUGUCCAUUUGUUCUCUGUUAUGUGACCCGAACCCUGACGACCCGCUAGUGCCAGAGAUCGCCCGCAUCUACAAAACAGACCCUGUGAAGUACAACAAGACGGCUCAGGACUGGACUCAGAAAUACGCCAUGUGACCCUCUUCUUCUUCUUCUUCUUCUUCUCUCUCACUGCUGGAAUAAACUUUGAUUUUCUCAUGUGGCCACACCCCCCCUCUCUCAUCAGCCAAUAACAGCAAUUUGUUCAUAAAUUUUCAUUUUACUCCUAAAACGCUUUUUAAAUUCUUGAUGAUUAUUUUUCUUUCUCUGCUUUUCAAAAUAAAAGUAAAAUGAACCAGGUGAAGGCUGAGGACUCUUUGAGCUGUGAAUGUGCCAACUGAAGAGACAACUUACAAUAAAUAAUAAUAAUUUAAUGCAUGUCAGUGAUUGGUUCAUGUGCUGCUCAGAUAUAUAUAUAUAUAUAUAUAUAUAUACACACACACACAAAAGUAGGAAAAAAGGAAACGACCGCCCGACUUUGUUUUAUUCUGUUUGUUUUUAGACGAGAGAGCCGUUAGUUCUUCAUCAACACUGUUCUCCUUUUGCACUGAAGAUGAAACUCAAAGCUCUCAUACAAGUCGUUGGUCAACUCAUUGCUCUGUGACGAGGGUUUUUAUCAAUAAAGUUGAACAAAUUGCAGUUUU